AUGUCAACUUCAGAACCCCUGGACCCGUUCUCGGUAGAACACAUCAAAGACUCCGGUCCUGCACCUCUGCCCUCUGAGGCAAUUUGGGACGGAUUCCUGUUCCAUGGACAUCUUGAAAGCCAACUCCUUCGGCUGGAUGAAUCUGCACUAGGACCUCUCCCUGUUCUCAAAACAGACGUUUUCCAGUUGAAUUUGGAAGAUGUGUCUCUACAGGACCUGUCCCAAUCAUCUUCCGCGGUCACGUCCGACUCCGAGAACGAUCAGUUCGAGAGCCUCGACGGCGAUAGCGUGCAAGGAGAAUGGGACAAUGUCUGGAUCUUGCCAGAGAUUCAGAUAAGAAAGAGAGGGGGGCUGGUGCUGACUUGGGACAAAUUUCUGGAUGAAACACAUCAGGAGCCGGCAUCAGCAUAUCUCAGCGAGACGGAUCCCUGGGUCUUUAACUCCAUCCUCGAACCAAACGAUCAAAGCCCUCCAAAAUAUGUCAAAUCAGACAUUUUAUUGAACGCUUUCUUUGAACUGUGUAUGGGGCGAGACUCUGUAUUGUUCAGAUGGGACGAGAAGGACGCUAUGUUCGUUCCUCAGUGGCAACUUCUUUCGGCUCGUGGAUACAGUUCGACACUGGUGCGGAAUUGCUUCGACAUCUUUUCGACAAUUGGAAUAGACACCAGAUACCUGAAGAGCUCUUUUCAGUCAUUGGACAACAGCCCUCCGCAUCUCUCAUCCGCCAGAGUAACUUUCCUCUCCGCUGCCAGGUCCGUGCUGUAUUCUGUCCACAAGUAUCUCAUUGAAUUGAGACCAAACAUUCUGUCUCUGCUCCAGCUGAAAGGCAUCAUGAGAAAGGUCGAAAUGGUUGUUGAUAUGCUGAAACAAUGUGUCGGCGCCGUACAGACCAACCAAGUGGAAGACUCAAUCAUCCUCAGCUUGAUGCAAAAAGCAGCUGGACCAACUCUCGAUCAUGGUGGCCUAUCUGCACUAUUACAAAUGCUACUUUCACGGACAUGCUGCCCGAUGCUAGUUCUUCUGAGCGAACAGAUAGGACUUAGCUCAACGCAACACGGGAGCUCCAGGGGCUCUUUCGCACUAAUUUCGUCUGCCGACGAGGCAACAUGGGAAUCACUAUUUGACUCAAAGCUCUCACAUGCGAUAUCCGAGGCCCAGAAGUGCCUCGAGAUAUUGAGCACUCACUCUCCAGACAGUUCCAUCUUUUCCGCAACUGUGCUCGAAUCUUCGCCACUGAAGAAACUCGAAGCCGGGUUUCAUCUAUCAACCAUUUCGGCACUUCAGGCUCGAGCCGUUGCAUAUGAGGAGGCGAUGAGGUCGUUAAUAGUGUCUGCGGACUCUUCCACCUCUACAAGCUCCCUUGAGACCCCUGCCUCUGAAAGCUUCGAUCGGGAGGACACUGUUAGCAUGCAAGCGGCCACCUCGUGUACCUUUCGGUUACAAGUGGACAUUUUUAAGGACAGUACUCAUUAUUUGGAUGAGAGCAAAUAUGACGAGCUUGAAGACCAAGUCAUCAUGUACCUUGAGGGACAGGAUUUUGGAGACUCGCCGCUGCAGUUGGACCUGUUAGCCUCCCUCAAUUUAUCUGUCGCACCCCUCGUCUCCGCACAACACAGGUUGCUCUCAUACUCGGCAUUGCGGCUGCUUUUCGAGCAACAUAAUCUUCUUGGUCACCUCAAUCUGCAGAAAGAUCUCCACUUGCUCGGAAAUGCGUUCUUCUCCUCUCGUCUCAGCACAGCUCUGUUUGACCCGGACCAGAGCAGCGGUGAGGGUAAUAGAAGGACAAGCGCCGUUACUGGCCUUCGUUUGCAUGUUCGAGACACGUGGCCUCCUGCAGGCUCAGAGCUGAGAUUGGUGCUCAUGAGCAUCCUAUCUGACAGCCUCAGCCCAGCAGACCGCGCAUUGGACGAGACGAUGUCUUUUGCAAUACGGGAUUUGCCUCUCGAGGAGCUCGAGAAGUGUCGAGACGUCGAUUCCAUCUACGCACUUGACUUCCUUCGACUUCAAUAUGCCGCGCCCAACGAAAUACUGGGGGCGGUCAUAACGCCAGAAAUACUGGACAAAUAUGAUCGAGUCUUUCAACAUCUUUUGCGUACGCUGCGCAUGCAAGCCGUCGCGCAGAGUAUGUUGACGGAGGGGUUCAAUCACCAGUCACAGAAGACGCCCAGGGGUGGUCUCUCAAAUCACAAAUUCGUUGUUACGAUGCAUCAUUUCGUGUCAAGCAUCGCGGAAUACUACCACAACACUGCUAUUGAGUUGAAUUGGAGGAAAUUCCAAACCGUGCUCCACGCUGCAAAGGCACGCCUCGACAACAGGGAUUAUAUUCAAACCUUGCGUGUCGUGAAGAGUCUGGACCAUCUCCGCGUGUUGCACGAGAGAACAUUGAACAAGAUCCUCGGCGCCCUCCUGCUGAAACGGAAUCAAGCCAAGUUGAGACAUAUGCUGGAAGAGAUUUACGACGUGAUACUUCGAUCCGCGGCUGAACGGCGCAAGAGCGUCGGACCGAUGGAUGCCGAAAACCAUACUAUAUGUGCUACCACCGAUGAAACUACGAUGAGACGACUGCACAAGGAGUUUAAAAGCAAAGUUGCGCUUUUCAUUGAUGCUUUACGCGUUCAUGCGCAAUCUGCUGAAAAAGGGCCUGGAAAGAAACACGCUGAUGAAUUGGAUGUUGACGAUGACGAGCCGGAUGUCAAUAUGUUCGAGUACCUGCUGUUGAAAUUGGACAUGUUUGGAUAUUGGACGUUGUAG